CGCCCUUCGCGCUCGGCGCCGCUCAGCGCUCCCGCAGGUGGGCGCUCAGCGGUCGCGCUGUCAGCGCGUCGCGGCGUAUCGCGUUCGGCGAUCCCGGCGGUCGCGUUCUCCCAUCCGGCGUUCCCGCUCCUCCAUCCGGCGGGUCGCGUUCUCCGAUCCGCCCGGUCGCGGUCGAUCCGGCGUUCCGCUCACCGAUCCGGCGUUCCGCUCUCCGAUCCGCGUUCCCGCUACCGAUCCGCCGUUCCCGCCACCGAUCCGCGUUCCCGUCUCCGUCCGCGCCGUUCCGGUCUCCGAUCCGCCGCUCCCGUUCCCGCCGCCGCUCCGCUCCCGCGCCCGCUCCACGAGGAGCCGCUUCGCUGUCGUCGCCGCUGCCCAAAAGACGCGGCCCGGUGGCGCUUCGGCGUCACCGCGGCGGGGACGGAGGGGACAAAGCGACAGCGCGUCCCCAACGCCGCCGCCGCCACCCCCAGUCGGUGUCACCACUGUCACCAGCCCCGGUGUCAUCUCCCCGGUACCGGCGCGGCCCAAGUGGGUCCCCCUGGCCGAGCUGCACCCGGCGGCGCCGCAGCCGCCGGCACGGGCGGUGACAACGACGGCGGCGGUGACAACAGCGGUGACAUCGGGGGCGGCAUCCAAGUGGGUCCCCAUUGGGGGGGCACAGCCGGCGCCGCCCGGCACUGAGGGCGGUGUCACCAAAGCCACCACCGAUGUCACCAAAGCCACCCCAGAGGUGACCAGAGCCAGUCCUGAUGUCAUCAAAGCCACCCCAGAGGUGACCAAAGCCACCCCUGAUGUCACCAAGGUCACCCCAGAGAGGACAGCGGCGGUGACACCGGAGAAGCCGCCGGCGGUGGCCGAGGGGACGCCGGGGAUGUCACCAGGGAUGUCACCAGGGAUGUCACCAGGGGCCACCAAGGUGUCCCCAGCGGGUAAAGCGGCAGCAGGUGACACCAAAGUGGCCGCAAGUGACAACAAAGUGGCCGCAAGUGACACCAAAACAAGCGUUGGUGACACCAAAAGCGACACCAGCGUCCCCAACGCCGCCCCCCGAGCCCAAACCCGCGGUGGCCCCGUCCCCUCGCGCGUCCCGGCCAUCGCCGCGCUUGGGGACAUCGCUGGGGACGCCCGCCCGGGGCCGCCGCCCAAGGGCUGCCGGCGCUGGCGCGGCGCCCGCGGUGGCACCUUGGGGACGUUGGGGACGUUGCUGCCGGCCGCCCGCCUCAGCCUGCCCUCGUCACCCGUGGCGGCCUCGGCGCUGCCGCCGGUGUCACUCGUCACCAAAGCCACCCCCGGCAGGCUCGGCGUCACCAAGGCCGCCGGCGUCACCAGGGCGGGCGGCGGCGGUGUCACCGCGGGUAAGGGCGGCGGUGUCACCGUGGGGGUGGCGCUGAUGGACGGCAAGGGCGGCGGUGUCACCAAGGGCAGCGCGGGGGACAGCAGGGGUGGCGGUGUCACCGUGGGAGCGUCAGCAGGUGACACCAAGGGUGGCAUUGUCACCGUGGGAGCCGCCCAAGGGGACAGCAAAGGUGGCAUUGUCACCAUGGAUGUCACCAAGGCCACCAUGGGAGCAUCACCAGGUGACACCAAGCCUGGUGUUGUCACCACGAAUGUCCCCAAGGCCACCACAGGUGACACCAAACCUGGCAUUGUCACCACGGGAGCAUCACCAGGUGACACCAGGGGUGGCAUUGUCACUGUGGAUGUCACCAAGGCCACCGUGGGAGCGUCACCAGGUGACACCAAGCCUGGCAUUGUCACUGUGGAUGUCACCAAGGCCACCGUGGGAGCCACCCAAGGAGACAUCAGGGGUGGCAUUGUCCCCAUGGAUGUCACCAAGGCCACCGUGGGAGCGUCACCAGGUGACACCAAGCCUGGCAUUGUCACCAUGGAUGUCCCCAAGGCCACCACAGGUGACACCAAGCCCGGUGGCACUGUCCCCACAGGUGUCCCCAAGGCCACCGCAGCUGUCCCCGCCGGGGUCAGCCCCCUGGGCGCCGCCAUCCUCAGGGCCAGCGCCAUGGCCACCAGGGCCACCACGCUGGAUGUCACCAAGGCCACCAGUGCCACCAGUAUGACCAGUAACGCCGGUGUCACCAGUGCCACCAGUAUGACCAGUGGCACCAGUAUGACCAGUGCGGCGGCUCCCAGCUCCCAGUAUGACCAGUGGCACCAGUACGACCAGUGGCACCAGUAUGACCGGUGCGGCGGCUCCCAGCGGCACCAGUUUGACCAGUGGCACCAGCGUUCCAUCUCCCGGUGUCACCAGCGUCACCGUUCCUGCGGCUCCCAGUGCUCCCAGUAUGACCAGUGGCACCAGUUUGACUGUACCAGCAGCUCCCAGUGUCACCGGUGUCACCGUUCCCAGUGUGACCAGUGCUACCGCAACGUUGGCUCCCAGUAUGACCAGUUUGACUGCAGCAGCGGCUCCCGGUGUCACCAGUGCGACCAGUGCUGCGGCUCCCAGUGCUCCCAGUAUGACCAGUACCAACAUGGCAGCGGCUCCCAGUGCUCCCAGUAUGACCAGUUACCAACAUGCAGCGGCUCCCAGUGCUCCCAGUAUGACCAGCACCAACAUGGCAGCGGCUCCCAGUGCUCCCAGUAUGACCAGUGUGACCACAGCAGCGGCUCCCAGUGCUCCCAGUAUGACCAGUACCAACAUGGCUGCGCCUCCCAGUGCUCCCAGUAA